AUGCCUUUACUCCCCUCAUAUCAGAAGAACCCCAAGGGUGACGAAGAGUCCCUACCGCUCUUCGACGCUGACUCCAACGAGCACGAUGAGUUACCCGCCUAUCCACCCAGACUCGGGGAGUCAUCGGGCGUAACCACCCACAAUGUAACUUAUACGUUCGUUCCUCGUUGGCCUAUAAAGGGGGAACAGAAGGAUGCGCUGGGAGUGUUGGGAGAUACGAAGGAGGAAACAAUCUCAAUUGUUCAAAGGGCAUUUCCAAUCUUAUCAACAUACCCAACAAACAGAAUCGAAAUCUCUUCCUUCGUCGAAAUCGAUAUGCCCAAUGGGAACGGGAGAAGAUCUGACGAAAGAUGGUGUAUGAUCAUGGACGAGGCGUGGUCGGGGUUCAAAACCAACCCUCCUAAGCGAUUGAGAGUUCAAAUUGCAGAUGGUCCAGGAGACGAGGAGAGACGAAUUAAAAGAGAAAGAAGGCAUAUAGCUUUGAAAAUCACGGCAGUUGUGUGUCCUGUUAUCUUGAUCUGGUCAGGUCUCGUCACUCUCGCUAUUACGAGCGACCGUAAUUAG